UCUGUCAAUCAGGGCCUGAAGGGACGGAUCUUAAACGUCAUCCAAUCAGGGACGCUGGGCUAGAAACCGUCCAAUCAGGCACGCAGCUGGAGCGGAAAGGGCGGCUUCCGGGAUAUGGCGGGGCCUUUGUCUCUCGCUGCACCCAGAGCUCCAGAUCUCGUCGUCACUGCUCUGUGUCCUCUGCUCCUAGAGGCCCAGCCUCUGUGGCCCUGUGACCUGCAGGUAUUUGGAGAUCCACUGCUAAGACGCCAGGACCCCCCGGAAGCCUAGAAAUGCCAUCAUUGACAUUUAUGGAUGUGGCCAUAGAAUUCUCUCUGGAGGAGUGGCAAUGCCUGGACACUGCACAGCAAAAUUUAUAUAGAAAUGUGAUGUUAGAGAACUACAGAAACCUGGUCUUCCUGGGUAUUGUUGCCUCUAAGCCAGACCUAAUUACCUGUCUGGAAAAAGAAAAAGAGCCCUGGAAUAUGAAGCAACAUGAGAUAGUGGAUGAACCCCCAGUUAUGCGUUCUCAUUUUGUUGAAGAACUUUGGCCAGAGCAAAACAUAAAAGAUUCUUUCCAAAAAAUGAUACUGAGGAGAUACAAUAAAUGUGGACAUAAGAACUUACAAUUAAAUAAAGGCUGUAGAAGUGUGAAUGAGUGUAAGCUGCACAAAGGAGGUUAUAAUGGACUUAAUCAAUGUUUCACAACUACCCAGAGCAAAAUAUUUCAAUGUUAUACAUAUAUAAAAGGGUUUCAUAUAUUUUCAAAUUCAAAUAGACCUAAAAUAAGACAUACUGGAAAGAAACCUUUCAAAUGUAAAAAAUGUGGCAAAUCAUUUUGCAUGCUCUCUCAACUAACUCAACAUGAAAGAAUUCAUACUGGAAAGAAACUCUACAAAUGUGAAGAAUGUGGCAAAGCCUUUAACUGGCCCUCAAUCCUUAGUCAACAUGAGAGAAUUCAUACUGGAGAGAAACACUAUAAAUGUGAAGAAUGUGGCAAAGCAUUUAAGCAGUCCUCAAGCCUUACUAGACAGAAGAGAAUUCAUACUGGAGAGAAAUACUACAAAUGUGAAGAAUGUGGCAAAGCCUUUAACCGUUUCUCAAACCUUACUAUGCAUAAGAUAAUUCAUACUGGUGAGAAACCCUACAAAUGUGAAGAAUGUGGCAAAGCCUUCAACCAGUCUUCCAUCCUUACUAUGCAUAAGAUAAUUCAUACUGGAGAGAAACCCUACAAAUGUGAAGAAUGUGGCAAAGCCUUCAACCAGUCUUCAAACCUUAUUAUGCAUAAGAGAAUUCAUACUGGAGAGAAACCCUACAAAUGUGAAGAAUGUGGCAAAGCCUUCAACCAGUCUUCAAACCUUACUGUGCAUAAGAUAAUUCAUACUGGCGAGAAACCCUACAAAUGUGAAGAAUGUGGCAAAGCCUUCAACCAGUCUUCAAACCUUACUGUGCAUAAGAUAAUUCAUACUGGCGAGAAACCCUACAAAUGUGAAGAAUGUGGCAAAGCCUUCAACCAGUCUUCAAACCUUACUGUGCAUAAGAUAAUUCAUACUGGCGAGAAACCCUACAAAUGUGAAGAAUGUGGCAAAGCAUUUAAGCAGUCCUCAAGGCUUACUAGACAUAAGAGAAUUCAUACUGGAGAGAAACCCUACAAAUGUGAGGAAUGUGGCAAAACAUUUGAGCAGUCCUCAAGCCUUACUACACAUAAGAUAAUUCAUACUGGAGAGAAACCCUACAAAUGUGAAGAAUGUGGCAAAGCAUUUAAGCAGUCCUCAAACCUUACUAAACAUAAGAGAAUUCAUACUAGAGAGAAACCCUGAAAGUGUGAAGAAUAUGGCAAAGCUUUUAACCAAUUCUCAACCUUUACUAAACAUAAGAUAAUUCAUACUGGAGAGAAACCAUACAAAUGUGUUAAAUGUGGCAAAGCCUUUAACCAGUCCUUGACUUUUACUAAAAAUGAGAAUUCAUGUGAAAAAUAAACCCUACUAGGCCGGGCGCGGUGGCUCAAGCCUGUAAUCCCUUUGGGAGCACUUUGGGAGGCCGAGACGGGAGGAUCACAAGGUCAGGAGAUCGAGACCAUCCUGGCGAACACCGUGAAACCCCGUCUCUACUAAAAAAUACAAAAAA